CUUGGGGAGGCUGGUUUACAUGUGUGCGAGUGUGUUGUCAGAAGCGGAACACACACACAGUGGCGUUUGAGUAGCGGUUGGAACGCACACUCCAGCUACACUCUCUGCCACAGUGUUUUCAGUCAGAGCGAGCGAGCGAGAGUGAGAGAGAGAGAGAGAGAGAGAGAGGGAAGCGUUGGCACACUCGCAGCAAAUCCCGGUGCUGUGUGUCAGAGGCGGGCUGGCGGAUCUACCUCAUGCUUUAUCUCCCUCAGCACUGAUCACAGGGGUACCGCCGCUGAGCUGAGCUGUGAUUGCUGACCACGGCGAAGGGUGGAAUACAUCUCCCGCCGCAGACUCGGAGGCUCACUCUCUAUGAUGGAAAUUGAUGUGUGUGACUGAUUGGGGAUAAUAACGAUGGCAGACAGAGUGAUGCAUCCCCUUCAGAAACUCAAACCGCCUACCAUUUCCACUCCCUAAAGGAUACACUGACCUUCACAUGUGCAACCAGCUUGACAACCUCACCCCAGGUAAACUGAAAGGUUGCUCCUUACUGCCAAGGACAACACGAAAAGAUACCGAUGCUUCAGGGACUUGGUGUCAGCAGAAAAAAAGCUUGUUGUCACUGUAACAAAUGACACUGUACUUGUAAAGUUAACAGCAUUAACCCUACACUCCAUAAGGACUAUUUAGUUGCUGAGGGGAAGAAGUCCAAGAUGAAAGAUCCACUGUUUGUGGUUUAUUUGUUAGCAGGACUUGUAUUGACCGGCUCUGUUCAAUCGCCUGAGUGGUCCGUGACAUGCCUCAGGCUGUGCAAAUGUGGAAUUCGACCCUGGUUCUCACCUUCAUCUAAUUACAUGGAGGUCCAAACUGUGGACUGUAAUGAUUUAGGACUUCAGUCUCUUCCUGAAAAGCUACCUGCAGAUACACAGGUGCUACUGUUGCAGAGCAACAACAUUGCCAAGAUUGAUAAACCAUUAAACGACUUGGCUAACUUAACUGAAGUGGACCUAUCUCAGAACAACAUAUCUUCUCUUAGAGAUAUAUAUCUAGGUCAUCUUGCUCAGCUGUUGUCCUUGCACCUGGAGGAAAACCGGAUUAGCAGUCUUCAUGACAACUGCCUUGCACACUUACCAAACCUUCAGGAGCUCUAUGUCAACCAUAACCUACUCUCUCAGAUCAGUCCUGGGGCUUUUCAAGGACUCGAUAACCUUUUGAGGCUUCAUCUCAACUCAAACCAACUCAGGCUGAUCAGAAAAGAGUGGUUCCAUCCUCUUAGCCAACUGGAAAUAUUGAUGAUGGGGGAAAAUCCAAUUGCCCAAAUAGCAGAUAUGAAUUUUGAGCACCUUUCCAAUCUCCGUAGUCUUGUACUAGCUAGAAUGAACCUUGGUGAAAUUCCUGAUAAUGCUCUGCUUGGCCUCUAUAAAUUGGAAAGUAUCUCAUUUUAUGACAACAAAUUUACAAAGGUACCCCAAAUGGCCCUCAGAAAUGUCCACACCCUCAAGUUUCUAGAUCUCAAUAAGAAUCCCAUUGAGCGAAUCCGUCGAGGUGACUUUGUGGACAUGAUCCAUAUGAAAGAGUUAGGCAUCAACAGCAUGCCAGAGCUGGUUUCGAUUGAUGGUUUUGCUGUCGCCAACCUUCCUGAGCUAACAAAGAUUGAGGCAACUAACAACCCCAGACUAUCCUACAUCCACCCUAAUGCUUUCCAUAAGCUGCCUAGGCUUGAAACAUUGAUGCUGAACAAUAAUGCCCUCAGUGCACUUCAUCAAGUCACAAUAGAGUCCUUGCCCAGCCUCCAGGAGGUAAGCUUGCACUCCAACCCAAUCUACUGCGACUGUGUAGUCCGUUGGAUCAACAUGAACAAGACCAAGAUCCGCUUCAUGGAGUCUGAUGCUCUCUUGUGCAUGGGACCACCAGAGUUUGAAGGUCGACAAGUCAGACAUGUGCACUUCCGUGAAAUGGUAGACACAUGUCUCCCAGUUAUCGCUCCAGAAAGCCUUCCAGAACUUGUCAGUGUGGGUAGUGGGCAAACAGUGUCCUUCCACUGCAGGGCGUUUGCAGAGCCAGAUUCAGAAAUUUACUGGAUCAACCCUUCAGGAGAAAAAAUCCUUCCAAGAAUGGCGUCAAGCAAGUAUUUCAUGCAUCCUGAAGGAACACUUGACAUAUAUGGCAUUUCAGAGAAUGAGGCAGGCCAGUACACCUGCAUUGUGCACAAUCUUAUAGGGGCAGACAUGAGAUCUGUUUCAGUGGUAGUAAAUGGGUUCUUUCCAGAAGCUUUAAACGGAUCUUUACAUGUACAAACUGAAGUGAUAUCGUCACAUUCAGUAAAGAUUUCUUGGGUACCUCCUAAGAGCAGCUUUGUGUCAAACAUCAAGUGGUCAAAUAUCAAAUCUGUCUCAAAUUACCCUUCCUUACAGUUCACGGCACGUGUGCCUUCAGAUGUAAAAAUUUUCAAUCUCACACACUUACACCCACUGACACAGUAUGAGGUAUGUGUAGAAAUUACAGAUUUGCAAAAGGGGCAUUUAAGAAAUUGUAUAAAUGUCAGUACAACAGAGCAAGCUACUUCAGUGGGGAAAUCUGACAGGAGAGAAGUGGUGGUGAUCAACGCCAUUGGUCUGCUUUUAAUUGCAUCUGCUGUGGCCUGUUUGCUCACCUACAUAUCUCUGAGGAGUGAUCGUCUCUACAGAAAGUUAGGUGAUGAAACAGCAGGGACAGCACUGCGUCCGAGCCCCUGUACCCUUGCCCAGCUCCUUCAAAUCUGCAGGCCUGAAGAGAAUGCCACAUCAAUAGACUUCAAAACAACCAUCUAAAACUCUUCUAGGAAAAUUAUGAGAUGGGAUGAAAUGGACACAAGAAUGUGUGACUGACUAUCCGAGUAACACUGCUAGAUCACUGCAGAAUGGAUUCAGAGGCAUUCAGGUGUAGUUCCAGAACAUUCGAUGACACUGAUGUCUCCACUCAAAACCUCCUUUAGUGUAAAUGUCACACGUGGGAAUCAACAUGGCCCAGAUUGGGCUGCCUGGAGAGAGCGGUUUCUUCAGGCAGAUUCAAGGCACAGAACAUAAAAGGCUGCACCAGAUGCCUGACUGUUCACGUAUAAUGCAAAGCCAUAGUGGCUUUUGUUUCUAUUGUGGGCUUGUAGCAAUACUAUUUGUUCUGUUUCAGUGGGAAAGUAAACUAAGUAAACUUUACGAUGGACUAUGUUCAUAGAGUAGACCACAAAAUUCUACAGAACAUGAUGUACAACACUUUGUGACAAAAAAUACAUUUAUACCGAAAACCACAAACUGGUGUUCUUAUUAAAAGGUGUCUGACAUCGUAAACAGCAUAAACAUCUUGCUGCUACCUAAACUUGUGCAAAAAAUAAACUUGUUAAUCUCA